ACGGCUUAGCUUGUCUCGUGUCAUAUCGUAUAUAACAACAUUAUGUACUGUUAUUGUCACUAGUUUGCGAUGAUCUGUCAAGAUGAAACAGUUGAGACGACAAUUUUAAAUUACUUCUUCAAGUAGUUCUUCCACACAAAUUCGACAUACGAGGUAUUUAUGGCAAAAUGGAAGCUUUGAAAAUACUCCUCAAUGUAGCUCUGCUAUUUAUCGUCGUAGUAGCUAACAAUAUAGAUCCCAGAGAUUGUUCGAGGAUUUCCCAUCAUUUACCGAUCAAUAUAGUGGAACCAAUAAAUUAUAAAAUUGAUCUCGUAGUAAAGCCGCCUAACCGUUAUAUAUCAGGCACAUCCGAAAUCACUAUUGACGUGAAAAAAACUACGAAAAAUAUAAGUCUGAACUCUUAUGGAAUGGAAAUAGAAUUUAACAACAUAAAUAUUAUGAAGAUACCUGAAACAUAUGGUAAACCGGGCGAAGUGGUUUAUGAACUGAGGAUGUUUGGAGAAUGUUCUCAAGCUCAGAUUUGGGUUAUGAUCUUUGACGACUUUAUAAAACCUGGCAAAUAUAUUUUGAAUAUAGAAUACAAAUCUAUUUUAUAUAUAAAUAAAAGGAUCAAACCUAAAUCAUAUUUGUGGGACCCUAGUUAUCAAGCGUUCACGAAUCAUUAUACACCAAAGGCAAUACGAGAAAUAUUUCCAUGUUGGGACGAUCCGGCAGUUAAAACGACAUUCAACAUCUCAAUCACACAUUUUCGAACGUACAAAGCUUUUUUGAUUACGCCUUUAGCGGAAAACACUGGAAGCAACAUGCAAACGUCGCGAUUCAAAGAAAUUAAUAGAAUACCAACUCAUCUCUUGUCGAUUACAGUAAUUGAUAGAAUGGUAUACUGUGAUAUGACAACAAGACUGCACACUGUAUAUCACAGAUAUGAUCAUAUUCAUCAAAUUCUGUUAAAGAAGAUGUGGGAAAUGUUAGGAGCGGCAGCACGUGAGUACAAUAUACUCAUGCAUUCAUUUAAGGAGGAAAUAAAAGUCGAUCACGUCUUGCUUUCAAAUGCUGUAAUGGAGGUCAUGGCACGUCCUGGAGUUAUUAUUUAUAGGGAGGAAGAUCUUUUCUACAAUGAAACUUAUCAUUACGCUGGUCGAGAAACUUAUAUGUUGACUUUAUUAUCACACCAAGUAGGGCGUCAAUGGUUUCUUGGUGCCGAAGUGCAUGAUGAUUGGUUAUUAAGGGAGGCAAUCUCGCUGUUCUACGGUUAUUUAAUUUCAUCACAGGUUAAGAGAGAUCAGCUACUUAUGGAUCUCUUCGUAGUUAAACAUCUACAGCCUGCGCUCAAUAAUGAAGAACAUUUAGGAAUGAUACAGGUUAUUGAUAAAUUCGACAUCCUCGACGAAAUCGAUGGUCUUUUUCACAGUCGUCUAUAUUACAAUAAAGUGGCCUCUCUAAUUCGGUUGUUGCAUUAUAUUUUACCUGAAGAAGAUUUUAAUAAAGGCAUUGUGGAAUAUCUAAAAGGAGGAACCAAUAACUUCUGGACCGUCAUGCAAUCGUUCAAUUCGAUACAUUUAAAAAAAAAUAAUUCAUUGAAAACAACGAUGGAUACAUGGCUAAAGGAAAAAUAUUAUCCUGAAUUGUACGUUUUUCGUAAUUAUUACAAUAAUAUAGCGACGUGUUAUUAUUCAUACCAUUAUCAUGGAAACUACACAUGGAAGAUACCUGUAACUAGUAUUAUACAGUCAAACCUUAUUUACUACAAUGUUUCGAUUCGUAAUUUGACUGUUAAUUGGCUUGAGGAUGAUACAUUAAUCAUUUAUGACAUUCCUAGAUCAGAUUUCAUCAUAUUCAAUGUAGAGCAGUUAGGUUACUAUCGUGUUAAUUACAACCAUGAAAAUUGGAGAAGAAUUUAUACGUUUUUAAACAAUAACAGUUUUACACUGGUACCUGUCCUCAACCGUGCUCAAUUGAUAAAUGAUGCGUAUUACUUUAAAAUUAAUAGUAAUAAUUCUGAGUCUGAUGUAUUUUUUCAUCUUAUCAAAUAUUUAAGGCGGGAAACUGAUUAUUUAGCGUGGUAUCCCAUGUUAAAUAUUUUUCUAGAUAUGUCGGCUUACAUGGAAUGUUUAGAAGGGGAAUUUGUGAAAAUGAAAUUUAUGAAUAUCCUAGAUGGACUUCUUAGUAAUUUAGGAUACGAGGAAAAAUCCUAUGAAGAUCCUACGAAAACAGCGUUAAGAUGGUUAGGUAUGAAAUGGGCCUGCAAGAUUGGUCACAACGGCUGUAGAGAUAAAGCUACCAAAAAUUUAAUUGAUUAUGUCCAGAGUCGUGAGAAGUAUAGACAAGAUCAUGAAAUGCUCUUAUGGUUGAAAGACUGGGUAUUUUGUACGGGUAUGAUGAAAGUAAACAUGAGCUUUUGGAAUAAAAUUAAGAAUGAAAGCAUUGCCAAUACUGAUUCGGAACUUUUACACUACUUGCAUUGUACUGAAGACGAUCUCGCUAUCUCAUCUCUCUUGACUACAGAUUUUCGAAAGAAUCCGCGCUUAAAUAAGAAAGAUGUUUAUCGUUCUAUUGUAAAGCAGCAUGGAAAGAGAUAUAACGUAGUUGUCCAUAUCUUAAAUAAUUAUGUAGACAUAAAAACAAGGUUUAAUCUAAGUGACAACGAACUACUUGGUGAACUUAUCAUGAAUUCGUAUUAUUACAAAAAUCUCGACGUAAUAGAAAAACGUAUAGAAAACCUCUCACGUCGCUUCUCGAGAGGCUUUAUAGCGCAUAGCAUUGAAGUCUUAAUUUCGGCACGUAAAAAACAAUUGAAAAAAAUCUUGGACAAGUUUAAAUAUUUUAAAGAUAAAUAAAUAAAUUAGUUUUAUUGUAGUCCGAUUCAGUGGAAGUAUCAAAAUGACACAAGCAACUUUCAAAACUAGAUGCAAAUAAAGAAAUCUUAAAACGCGAAUAAUUUGUAACUCUAAUUCGAUGGGUCGUGAUAUAUCAGUUUUGUUCAAACUAUAUAAUUAUUAUAUAUUUAUUUUUGUCCAAACUAUAUAUAUGAAAUACAUGUAUGAUGUUAUA